GUAUACAUACAAUCAAUCGUUCUUUGUAUAUUUGUUGACACAAAACGUGCUUUUUCAAUGUUAUGCGCACCAGCCGCGGAACGUAACAAGCAACCAAUAUUGGAUAUUCUCAAGCAGUAUAUCGACAACAAACCGCGUACUUUGUUGGAAAUUGCAUCUGGUAGUGGCCAACAUGUUUGUCAUUUUGCGCCACAUUUUCCAAACGUCUUAUUCCAACCCUCUGAUAUGGAUGAUCUUAAUGUGAAAUCUAUAAAUCUCUACAUCGAUCAUUUCAAGUUGAGUAAUGUUAAGCAGGCUUUGAAAAUUGACGUUCGAAAAGAUAUUAGCAGUUGGAACUUGCCGAGUGAGUUCCAACCGAAACACAUCGAUUAUCUCUUAUCAAUUAAUAUGAUACAUAUCAGUUCAGAUGCUGCUGUUAAUGCACUGUUUAAAAGUGCUGGAUCGCUAUUAUCAAGUAAACAUGGUUUAUUGAUUACAUAUGGUGCGUAUGCGGUGAAUGGUCAAAUAACUCCACAAAGCAACUCUGAUUUUCAUCGAUCUCUUCGUUCCAGGGAUCCGGAAUGGGGCUUACGUGACAUAAAGCUUUUGAAAGAGAAAGCGGCUGCUAGUGGAUUAUAUUUGCAAAAAGUAUAUGAUAUGCCAGCCAAUAAUAAGAUGAUAAUUUUUGGACGACAAUCUGUGUCAUGAAAGAAGUAUCUUGAACCGAAGCCAUAUAUUCAUUUGAGAAGCGACGAUGAAGAGAAUUUAGAGCAGAUCAUUAGAAGAUCUCUUUAUUUGUGAAAAUUGUUAUACUUAUUUAACAGAUGGGAAUUAAUCUCUUAGUUGCUCAAGUAAAAUAAUUGUUCUUGAAUUUUAACCACAUUCGUGCAAAAGCUUCUACAAACACAGUAAAGAUUUGAAUAAAG